UGCAAACUCAACUGACGGGCCGUUUGGAGGCUCUAUCAACAAAUCACUUCGAAAUUUUCUCUGCUGAAGCUACGGACGACCAUGGAACGCAUCAUGGACCACAUCGAUACCCUCAAUACGCAGUAUGCCAAGCACCCGCUGUGGCAAUCUUUGGCGUGUGGACAAGGUGGAAAGGUCGCCCGCGCAAAGCUCCAGGCGUUCGCCCCUGCCAUCAGCUACUUCAUCUUGGCGUUUCGCGACUUCAACGACUUUGUCUUGCCCUACGAGUCCCCUCAAUCGGAGCUCGAAGCCGCGCUAAACGUCCAUGCUCUCGAAGACAGCACGCAUUACAAACUGUUCCUUGAAGACUGGGAAAAGUUGGGGGGCGAUGGGUUGUUGGUUCCGUUUGCCCAGUUGAUUGCUGGCCUUCCUGAAGAUGACCACCGAGUCCCAAGCACCCAAUCAUCGGUGUCGUUAGCGCCGUCGACUCGCACGCUUUCGUUUCUGUGGUCGGACGCCACCAACCACCACAGCCGCAAGCUGAUGUUCGCGUUAACCAAGCUCAUCCACCAGCGGGCAAGUGACGCGGCCGUGCGGUUUGCAGCCGUGGAAGCCGUGGAAGAAACGGGACGAGUGAUGUUUGAAGCCACGGCCAAGCUCGCCAACGAAAUCGAAGCAGCCGGGGGGCCAGCGUACCGGUACUUUGGGGAGUAUCACUUGGCCUUGGAAACCGGGCAUGUGAUGAACCAAGACCCGGCGGCGACAACUGGCGGGGCGGGGGGCUGUGGCUGCGAGACGGACGACAAGUUCAAGCAGUUGCCUCUGUCCCCAGCCCAAGAACGCGACUGUACGCUUGUAGCCGACCAAGUGUUUGCCAUUUUUACCGAAUGGAUCGACGGUAUCCAUGCAUUAAUGCAAGCCACCGUGCAAGUAUAACGUCAAACGUCGUUCACAUACUGUUCUCAACCAACUUAACACGUAUAUUCUGCA